CCUCCCUCCUCCUCGGACUGGACCAGAGAAGCCACUGUGGCCACUGGGGGGCCAACUGCCCGCCCAGCUCUCGCCGGCCACCCCCAGGAGUCCACGGGGUGGCCGAGGUCCCCACCAGGCCUGGCGGGACCAGGAUGCUGCCCCCUCACCGCCCCCCAGGCCCCACCCAACACCCCCGCCUGCCCCCACGCCCUGUCUGACCGGAGACCGCCCGAUGCGGGCUGACCCUUUGCCCGAGGUGGGCAGCGGCUGGCCGGGCCUCCUCAUGUCCUGCCUGAAGGGCCCCCAUGUCAUCCUCAAGAUGGAGGCCGUGAAGAUCGUCCAGCCCGAGAAGUUCCCCGAGCUGCAGGCGGCCGCCCCCUGCUUCCCACCCGCGCCCCGGCCAGCCCCGGCCCUGGCACCCAAGCGCGCCUGGCCCUCAGACACAGAAAUCAUCGUCAACCAGGCAUGUGGGGGGGACGUGCCGGCCCUGGAGGGGGCGCCCCGCACCCCGCCCCUGCCGCGCCGUUGUCCCCAGCGAGUGCGGCCAGGAGGCGCCACCAGGCGGGCUGCGGAGUAA